CUCUAGCCCAAUACAGAGGUACAUACACAAGCAGUAUCCGUUGGGCUAACAUAUGCUGCCCAAUCUUUCAAAUGUAAAUGUAAAGAGAGUUCAACUGCUCCAACGUUUCAAUUUCUGGCAAAGCAAAAAUGGCUAUGGUCUCACUGUUAACAAAAUCAGCAAUAACAAAAGGCAGAGAUGAAGUGUAUGUAAUGGCAGUGCCUCUAAGGGCCACAAAAGGACCAGCCCAGUUGCUUAUGUCUACUGCUUACUCUCUCAAUCUAUGGGAUUUGCACCAUUUUAUGGUCCUCAUUAAACCCUCCUCACCACCUCCUCCUUCUCAGGCUUUGGUUUUUGAUUUUCAACCUAAAGAUCCUGAAAAUAUAUAUGUUGCUCUUGAUGUCAUAGCUGGUAGACCAGUACCUGGAGUUCUUCUUGUGAGGAAGUUGAGAGAACUACCAAGAAGCAAAUGCUGGUAUGUUGGAUCUCCCAAUGUUGAUGCCAUAGAUGUAGCAUGUGAAUUCAACAAAAGCUGGAAAACUGAUUUGAGGGUUGGCCACCAUGACUGUCGAGAUUAUACCAAUGGCUUGAUCGAAUAUCUCACUGGCCAAAAGGAUGUGUUGGAGUGCUUGAGAAGAAGCAAUGGUGGUCUGGGGUAAACUAUCAACUUUCUUGGCUAUUUGACCAUAAACAAUGUUCCAUCAUUUCUUUGAGAAUGUGUAGCACACAAACCUGUACCAUGUUCCUUCAUAACAUAUAUCCAGUCUCUCAUUUCUUGUA